AUUCAACACGAAACAAACACCCCUCUUUACCUUACCCAGUACCCACCAAUCAGUUUCCAUUGCAACCAAAAAAAAUACCAAAUACAACAAAUCAAGCUCUCAAAAUGGCGAUCAAAUCGGUGAUUACAGCCUCAUCGUUGACCGGAGAAGCCUUUGAAUCAGUCGACGUUGACUUCUCCGACUCUGAUUCCGAUUCGUGGCAGGUUAUCGAUGCGUCUGAUUCCGAUGACGGAAACUUCAGUUAUGGUGACGUCACCACCACUGACGAUGAAGACGACGACGUCGUUCCGGAUGUUGAUGAUCUUCUUCAACAUCCGUUUGGAUCUCCGUUGUCUGACGUUUCUAUGCAGUCUGCUGUGGAAGAAAUUGCUCAUCGGUUGCAGGAAGUUAAACACGCAUAUGAAAUCGAUCACAUCCAUCAGAUAAUCGACGAUGGUGAUUUGAUUGACGGUGAAGAUGAUCCAGAGGAUGCAGAUGAGAGCGAUGAUAAUGCUGAUGAAGAUGAUUUGGACGAUGAAUUGGUGCCGAAAUGGUUGAAUAACAAAUUCGAACGGCAGAGGAUAAGGAAAUUGGGGAAAAGAGCGUAUCCAAAGAUGAAAAAAUCUAAACGACUGGCUUACAUGUACAACAAACCUGGAUGUGUUCAUGGAAAGCAUGGCUUAGGAAUGAAGCACAAUCUGAUGAUCUAAUUUGGUAAAUUCUGAUCUCGAUGCGUUAAAUUAGUUGAAAUAAUGCUCGAUUUGAAUGGAUCUGAUGAUUUGAAAUGUACAGCAGCAGUUAAUUAGGUUUAACGAAUUGUUUUUAGGUUUUCAAGUUAGGGUUUGAAGUUGGUUUCUUUAAGAUCUGUAAUGUACAUAUGAAUUAUCUGAUCAAAUUGCAUUCUAAUUUCGCAGAUCCACAAUUAUUUCUGUAUUCAAUUGC